GGGAGAGUUUUUUCUUUUUCUUUUUUUUUAUUUAAGACUCAAAGAAUUUCGCGAUUUCGUGGUGAAUUUUGACGAGACAACGAAUGAACGAGAGAUGGAGAAAAAUGUGUAGAGAAGACGCGAGUUAAAUUGUUGCGAUUUCUUAAAAGACCGAGUGGUGUACUAUAUGGCAACAUCAACCGUGUCGGGACAUCAUGAAGCUGUCAAGGAAAAUUCCACGGAGCUUCUUGAUCGGAUUUCCAUGAAUAGUUGCCCGCCAAGUAGUUUCCCAGACAAUUUUCAAGACUUCUUCGCCGCUCUUAACGAAGACUCGGACGAUCUGCCCAGCAUGCUCGAGGAUAAGUUGAUACCCAGAAAACAGGAGGCCUCGAACUCCGACUCGAAGAGCAGGCGAUGGAGCAAAAGAGCGUUCCAGAGAAGAAGCAGCGAGGUGGAGGUUCGUCUGCAUCGCACCUCUUUCACAGGAUCCCAAGGACACUCGAGCGUCGAUGGUCCAAAGUCGCCGACUCCAUCCAGACGUCGUAGCUCCAGCAUAGCGGUGGCCAGGCCGACUCCUGACUUGCACAGGAAACUAGUUGGCCCUUUUUUACACCACAGUAUCAUACAGUUUCUACAAGCAGAAACCGGCCCUUGGGGUCAUUUAUCGCCCUCACCGAGGAGUCCCACAAGAACCCCGGCCAUAAGUCCUGGAACAGCGUCCUCUUCGUCUCAUUUGAGUCCAGGCACGAGCCCAGGUGGACCAAGUCCAACUAGUCCAGCUGGCACAGCUGGUUCAGCGUCAGGAUCCCGAGCUCCAGGACCAAAGCAAUAUCGCGGAAGGACCAGCAGUAUGCCGGCGGUUCCACGACACAGACCGAUGCUCGCUGAAACGAAACGCGGUGGCGCCAGCGGGGCCGAUGAGGGAGAAGAAGAUGGAGUGGAAUAUUACAGGCUCAGGUCGUUUUCCAUAACAGCGAAUGGGGUCUAUAACCUCGGCGAUUCGCUGAAGAGCCGACGUAGCAAGAGUAUCAACAGCGUCACAUCCUCUGGCACUAGCUGCAGCAGCACCAGGGAGGCCAGGUUAUUGAGCUCGGCGUCACAGCUUUCAGGCAUGGAAGCAGAGGAAGACACGAGCAACGAACGAGUGGCCACUUAUAAGGUCGGCAUGCUGGGUGCAUCCGGGGUUGGAAAAACCGCCCUCACCGCCCAGUUCACCACCAGCGACUAUAUUUGCGCCUACGACACUUCCCUGGACGAGGAAUACGGACAGAAAAGUGUUUCCGUGAUGCUCAAUGGCCAAGAAACAGAAUUAGAAAUCAUAGAUCACCCCACGGCGGAGAUGUCGGUGGAAACGUUCUGCUCGACGUACAAUCCUGACGUUUACGUGGUGGUUUACUCCGUGGUGGACAGACGUAGCUUGAAAAUAGCCGAAGAUACGUUGAUGUAUCUAUGGAAGAGCGAUUAUAUGGCUAGUCGUGGCGUGAUUCUCGUUGGCAACAAAGUCGAUCUCGAGAGGAAACGGGAGGUUCCAUCCGUUGUUGGCCGACGUUUGGCGAACAACUGCGGCUGCAAGUUCAUCGAAACCUCGUCGGGGCUUGCCCAUCACGUGGACGAGCUGCUGGUCGGCAUCCUAGCGCAGAUUAAGCUGAAUCCACAACGGGACCGCGACCAGGCAACCAGACGAAGAAGAAGCAAGCAUCGUAGGAGGAUCUUGAAACACCUGUUGGGCUUCAAAAGGAAAACGAAAAGCUGCGAGGACCUGUUCGUCCUCUAACGUUUGCCCGGCUCGAAGUAACGAUUAAGAAUACGUGAAAAUUAGGUUUGUCGAUCGUCUGAUUCUUCUUUUCCGUGUACGUGAGAAUCGAUAUAUAGGAUGUAUCAAAAAUGCUGAGAUUAGACCUAAGGAACAUGUAGUAGUCGUUAAAAUAAAGAAUAAGAAACGCAUCUUAUAAAUAGAGCGCGGAUAUUUAUGCGAGCAUAUUUUUAUGAAUAUAAUAAUAUAAAAGUGUUAUCUAGAUAGACAGUUAAUUUUAUUUACCAAACGUUACGAUGUAAUUAUUUACGUAUCUUUGCUUAUUACGUGGGAUUUUUCGUACUUUGCCGCUAGCUUUCGAUAUCUUCGAUUCCACGUAAACGCAUAAAAAUCCGCAAUGUACUUGUAAAUAUAGAUACGAAGAUCAUUAUUUUUCCAGACACACCACCUUUUUCAACUGCAAAUUAUCCUUAUUAGUUUAUGUGCGUUUCUUUCGCGCAUUAUUUGUAUAUUAUUAAACAAUGUUAAUAAUAUCUAACGUAAUGCGACAUAAACGUAACAACUCGUUUAUUAUUCGAUACUCGAAUAACAACGGGAGGAAAUCAAAUUAAGUUUUUGAAUAACGUCAAGGGAAUGAAAAUAUGUAAAAAUUUGGCGAUUAAUUUCUGGCCCCUUAACAGAAGCCUCUCGCGCGUCUCUGGAGAAAUGAAAUUCGAGAAUAGAAUCUGUCACACUCUCCAUAUUUUAUUUAUCUUUGCAUACUAAAUGUAUUCUGUGCAUUUUCGCGCUUUUCAAUUUUCCAUGAAUACACAAACCUACCACCUAUAAUAAUAAUGAUAAUUUUCGUACCAAUAUUUCUUAAUACCUUCUUUCUUACUGUAACAACGACAACAACAAUAAUAAUAAUAACAAUAUUAAUCGCCUAUAGCGACUUUAUCUCAGUAUUUUCUACUCCUAUAUUCUAAUUAUUCUUAAUUUUAUUCGUCGAAGCAGAAGGCUCUUGCUUCUGACAUUGCUUGUACAAAAUAUUCUAAGUUGAUUUGUGUCUAAUUUCUUGUAUAUUAAUUUCACUUGCUCUUUCACGGUUAUUAACAGUACUUCGGGAUGAUAUUUCGUUUGUAAUAUGCAAUGUACACGCCGAGUACCGUGCACAUUUGUACAAUAUAUGCUCUUUGGUUUCUA